AGAAAGAUGGAGUAUUACAAAAUCCAGAUAGUUUCUGUAGUGUCAUUCAUGCUUUUGUUUGCAAACACCCGAGGUUGGGGAGAAGAUGGGCAUGCCAUAGUUUGCAGGAUUGCUCAGUCUCGGCUCAGCAAUACAGCUGCAGAGGCUGUGAAAAAACUUCUGCCAGAAUAUGCACAAAACGAUUUGGGGAGUGUGUGUUCAUGGGCUGAUCGCGUCAGGUUCUAUUUGCAAUGGUCAGCACCAUUACACUUUGCUGAUACACCUGACAACCUUUGCAAUUACCAGUACAGCAGGGAUUGCAAGGAUCAGAAUGGAGUGAAGGGAAGAUGUGUUGUGGGAGCGAUUAACAAUUACACUGAACAGCUUCUUGACUAUGGCAAAGACACUCAAUAUAACCUCACCCAAGCUCUACUAUUCCUUUCUCAUUUUAUGGGAGAUGUCCAUCAGCCUCUACAUGUGGGCUUUACCUCAGACAAGGGAGCCAAUUUAAUUAAUGUUCACUGGUACAAAAAGAAGCAAAAUCUUCACCAUGUUUGGGAUGUCAAUAUAAUCGAGACAGCAGAAGAAAGAUUCUAUGACUCUAACAUAGGCGACUUCACCAGUGCCAUUCAAGAGAAUAUUACGAAAACAUGGUCCGAUGAAGUAAAAGGAUGGGAAACCUGCAGUUCUAAUCAAACCACCUGCCCAAAUAUAUAUGCAUCUGAAGGCAUUAAAGCCGCCUGUAAAUGGGCAUAUAAAGGAGUCACUGAUGGUUCAGUGCUAGAAGAUGAUUACUUCCUAUCACGUUUGCCAGUAGUCAGUUUGCGAUUAGCUCAAGGAGGAGUUCGAUUGGCUGCAACUCUCAAUCGUAUUUUUGGCUGA